AUGUCGGACAAUGAAUACCGUAGUUCGAUCACUUCUCGUCCAUCGUUCAAUCGAACAGUCACCACAAACACCCAAAACUACAGUACUCCAGGAUCUGGAAAUCGUGUGCUGAAAAUUGUGACUGAAAUGUCGUCGUCAUCUGUAGCUAGUGGAUUAUCACCAUAUGGCCAAAAUGCGGCUUCAACCAUUCGGGAUGCUAGAGAAAAAGAAAAGAAAGAAAUUAUGGAUCUUAAUGAUAAACUUGCUAGUUAUAUUGAGAAAGUAAGUAUUUUUCUAAAUCAUAUUUCAUGGAAACAUCUUUUGCAAACAACGCUUAUAUUUAACAAAACAGUUAUUUUCAGGUUCGUUUCCUUGAAGCCCAAAACCGUAAACUUGGAGCUGACUUGGAUAUGCUCAAAGGAAGAUGGGGAAAAGACACAAGCAGUGUGAAAGUUAUGUAUGAACUUGAAAUCACUGAAGCCAAAAAAGGUUAUCACUCAAACCGGAACCGAGAAGGAAAAUUUGGAGAAGGAGAUCAAAAAACUUCAAGAUGAACUUAGCGAAUAUAGAAAAAAAUUUGAAGAAGCCACCAAAGGACGUACUGAAGAUCGUCAGAAAAUUGAUGACCUUUUGGUUGAAUUGUCCAACCUCGAAGCUGAAAUUAACCUCCUCAAAAGACGAAUUGCUCUUUUGGAAGAAGAAAUCACAAGACUCAAGAAAGAAAACAUGCGAUUGAUGCAAGAACUUCAACGAGCCAGAACUGAAUUAGAUCAAGAAACAUUGAACAGAAUUGAUUAUCAAAAUCAAGUCACAACUCUUUUGGAAGAAAUUGAUUUCAUUAAACGUGUUCAUGAUCAAGAAAUCAAAGAGUUGCAAGCAUUGGCUGCUCGUGAUACAACUAACGAAAAUCGUGAAUACUUCAAAAAUGAAUUGGCAUCAGCUAUUCGUGAUAUUCGUAGUGAAUAUGAUCAAAUGAUGAAUGGAAAUAGAAAUGAUUUGGAGAGUUGGUACAAACUGAAAGUGCAAGAAAUUCAAACACAAAGUGCCAGACAAAAUAUGGAACAAGGAUAUCAAAAGGAGGAAGUUAAAAGACUUCGCACACAAUUGGGAGAUUUGCGAGGAAAAUUGGCUGAUCUUGAAGGAAGAAAUGCUCUUCUUGAAAAACAAAUUCAAGAGCUCAAUUAUCAAUUGGAAGAUGAUCAAAGAUCAUAUGAAGCUGCUCUUAAUGAUAGAGAUGCUCAAAUUCGCAAAAUGCGUGAAGAAUGUCAAGCACUCAUGGUUGAACUUCAAAUGCUUCUUGAUACUAAACAAGUAAGUUUUGGGAAGAAUCGAGUAGAAUUUGGAGGUAGAGAGGGUUUGAUUUCUGAACAAAGAAUUUCAAAAAAUAUUGUGUAUUUUGUAUUGAUAAUCGUUGUACGUAAAUUUCGGCAUUAAAUUUUGUGGGGUUGAAAAUAUAUUUGAGUUGACUCCCAGAUUUUUUGUUAAAUUCCUUGAACUUUCAAUCAAAAACCAAUUAUUUUCGAUUCACAAUGUCACAACUGGUUUGAAAUAAAUCAAAAACCGAAAACUCAAAUAACCUGUACUUUUUCAUGAAUACAAAAAAGUCAUAGGUUGAAAACUAAUUUAAUCAAAAUGUCAUACUACUGUCAAAUUCAAUCUGAAUUUUCCAGACCCUCGAUGCUGAAAUCGCUAUUUACCGUAAAAUGUUGGAAGGUGAAGGAGAUGGUCCGGGACUCCGACAAUUGGUCGAACAAGUUGUCCGAACAACCGGAAUCAAUGAAACCGCUGACACCGAAACAAUGCGUGUUGUCAAAGGAGAAACAUCCAGCAGAACUUCCUAUCAACGAUCAGCCAAAGGAAAUGUUUCUAUCCAGGUUUGUACUUUUCAGAAAAAAAAAAUCAAAUUCAAUACGACCUUCAAAGCUUUUUUAUAUAUAUAUCUGUUUUCUUUAUAUUUAUUCAUUCACAUCACAUUACGACAAUCCAUAAUUGGUUUUUUUCAUCUUUUCAAUGUCCUCCUGCUGAGAUAACGGAACUUUUUUUUCCUCGUCAGCAAAAAAAGUAAAUGUGAUUUUUCUUGCAGGAGACAUCACCAGAGGGCAAAUUUGUUGUGUUGGAGAAUACAAAUCGCGGCAAGGGCGAACCAUUAGGCGAAUGGAAAUUGAAAAGAAAAAUUGAUGGAAAACGCGAAAUUGUUUAUACAUUCCCAGCCGAUUAUGUUCUCGAACCUUUGAAAUCUGUCAAGGUUUGUUUUUGCGGGCAUUCAAGGUCAAAUCAUCUUAUCAAUCAACAUAAAAAAUAUUCUUCUUGUUUAUGUAUUGAUGAUUUGGGAUUAUUGGAAAAUCUGAGAACUAAUAUAAUCAUUACGUUGCUCCAAAUAUAAUUCUCAAAAAAAACUGAUUUUCUGAUAGAUAUUAUCGAAAAUUAAUUUUCUUUAUCAUUUUUUUUCUUUUUGAAAAAACCAUUCCAUUUAGCUAAAAAAUUUCAAACAUUUGAACUCACUUUGGUCUAUCCGGGUUCACUUUUUUUCCAUAGAAAUAAUCAAUAAUUUUUUACAGAUCUUUGCCCGAGGACAUGGAGUCGCUAGUCCACCAAACACCCUAGUCUUCGAAGGUGAUGAAACCUUUGGAGUUGGGUCAAAUGUUCAAACUAUUCUCUACAACAAAAAUGGAGAGGUAAAAAUGAAACUUUUUUUUCGGAAUCUCGAAUUUCAUGUGUUAUUUUUUUCAGGAAAGAGCCACACAUAUUCAACGACAAAGUCAAAGCAACUCAUAA